AUGGAAGAGGUAUCAGAAAAGUCUCAAAGAAUUGGAAGAGUCACAUUUUCAGCAUUGUUCUUGGUUUUACUAUCUGUCUUUAUGUUUGAAAAAGACUCUGAUAAUGUACUGCCAGAAGGAGUUUGCAUAUAGGACAAGUCAUUCUAGUGGACACAAGAAUAUAAUAAUUUUUUAAGAGAUAACACAGAUAUUAAGAAGAGAUACAUCAUAUUUGCUUCAACUCUAAUGGAUUUCAUGCUAGUGUCUUUCGUUGUUUACUACUUUUUUAGAUACUGGAAAUCUUAUCGAAUCAUCAUUGCUUACAUUAUAUUUUUUUCAACAAGAGCGCUACUUUAGAGGGUUUUCUUCAUGACAAGGCUCGAUGGAUUCAUAUUUGAGCAUCCUGGAGUACAUUCUAUAACAAUCCCAUAUCAUGAUACAAAUGACUUUUUCUAUUCAGGUCAUGUUGGCACUUGCUUUUUGCUAUUUAGAGAGUACCGAUCAGCAAAGUACUUCAAACUUUCUUACUAUUGCUUGUUCACUCUUGUUAAUCAGUGGAUGUUGAUGUGCCUCAUUAGAACUCAUUAUGUAAUAGACAUGAUAACAGGAGUUUUAAUGGCGCAUUACAUUUACAUUUUGGCUGAAAAAAUAAGCUUUUUCUUUGAUGUUUUGGUUUUAGGAAUCCCAGAUCAUAAAAGAAUGAGAAAGUACUUGAAGCCUUGUGAGAGAUGUGGAUGGGGUAAUGAUUGCUGCCUUGAUUAUAUGCCUCAUAACGAGAGACAGGAAUCGAUUGAGGCCUUAAAGUAUUCUAAUUAGAUGAGAACACUUUUGAAUAUGAAUAAUAUGAAGUCUUAUGUGAUUGUUAAGGAAAAGGGUAAAAACGUCAGAUCUUUCCAGUCCAUUAACUACGACUCCAGCAUAAACAAUGAGUCAUUAUUAUCUUGUGGAUAAGACUGA